GGAGCCUUUAGGUAGAAUGUAAAAGCACCUCCAAAAUUUUUAGCAGAUUUCAUUAGAAGUUUUGGAUGUAAACAACCACUUAUUUAUGAGGAUAUAUAUAUAAAAGCAUUAUAAAAUUCACCAGGACAUCAUGAGUUGCUAGAAAAAAAUUAAGUCAGUGAUACAGAUAACUUACAAAGGACGUGCUGAGGUCCAUGUAGGAGCUUAUAUUUUCUCAUACUUUGAGUACAGUUAUGGCAGAUACUCAAUUUUCACUUGUUCCCAAAGUGAUUAAUGGAGGUAUAGCUGGUAUAGUUGGUGUGACGUGUGUCUUCCCUAUAGAUCUGGUGAAAACUCGGCUACAAAACCAACAACCUGGACCCAAUGGACAGCUCAUGUAUAAAAACUUUCGAGACUGUCUUGUCCAGACUUUUAAGAAGGAAAAGUUCUUUGGCAUGUACAGAGGCUCUGGAGUGAAUCUUCUACUUAUCACACCGGAGAAAGCCAUAAAGCUAGUGGGAAAUGACUUCUUUAGGUACCAUCUCAAACAAGAGGGGAAAAAAUUAAGUUUAACACGUGAGAUGAUAGCUGGGUCCUCUGCAGGGGCCUGUCAGAUAAUAGUAACAACACCUAUGGAACUACUGAAGAUACAACUCCAAGAUGCUGGCAGAACAGCAACAGUUGAGGGUAGCAAGGCUGCUGCAGUGAAACCCCCUAAGAUAUCUGCCACUAGUAUAGCUAUGCAACUCAUAAAGGAGAAAGGCAUCACUGGUAUAUACAAAGGCUGUGCUGCUACCGCACUCAGAGAUAUUACAUUUUCUGCAAUUUAUUUCCCUCUAUUCGCACAUUUAAAUUCAUUAGGUAAAAGGAAGGAAGGGAGUCAUGAAGCAGUAUUCUAUGUUUCAUUUAUAUCUGGUCUGGCAGCUGGUUGUGUAGCCUCAUUCUCAGUAAACCCUCUAGAUGUUGUGAAAACUAGGCUUCAAACUUUAACAAAGGGAUCAUCAGAUAAGACGUACACAAGCUGGAUGCACUGUUUCAGGUCCACAUUGAAACAUGAAGGAGUUCUGGCUUUCUUCAAAGGUGCUGGCUGCAGAAUCAUGGUCAUAGCCCCAUUGUUUGGUAUAGCACAGACAGUCUACUACGUUGGUAUAGCAGAAUAUAUACUAGGCAUUAAGAAAUAGGAACAAUUUAUUAUUAUAAUGAAGGGAGAUAUUGUUUCAUUUUGGCAUGUUUAUCCUAUAUUAAGAAGAGUUUCAGAAUAGUAGAUAUACUUGUAUGUCUGCUGUGUCUGUAACUACCACCAUUAAACCAUCAUAUAAGUAUUUUUACUUUUCGAAGUAUAGGAUAAAUCAUUAAUGAUAUGGUUAUGUUUGGAUAUGGGGAUUUUUCCCGUGCCAAAAAUAUAUAUUUUAUCCCGGUUGCAACAGUGCAAUGGUUCAGCAUAUUUUGCGUAUCUUUCCCUGAGAAUGAAGCCCAUAUUGAAACCUCCAUUAAUUCAGCCUCAUGCAUAUAAGUGAUUGACCAGUGAGGAGCAACUCUUGUGUUGGUUGGCCAUAUCAGCUUCCAAACUAGGUUGGUGUAAUCAUUGUUUUAGUUUAGACUGGUUUUGAAGAAACUGGGAGAUCUUCCGAAUUUUAGUUUAGGUGUGUCGAAUUACUCAAUUCUACCUCUGUGUUAUUUGAUGCAAUAUCAUAUCAAUGCAUUGUCAAGAAGAAUGUUAAGUAGUUUUAGUCUACCAGAGAUAUAUACAGAUGGUCAGGUGUAGUCUAUCUAUUUCAUGGAUACUUAUACUUUGUUUCCUCUUUGCAUCAAAUGUGGUAAAGAAGAAGUCUAAAUGAAGAAGAUACCAUUUAAAAAAUUGAGUUUAAAGUUAUCCUGUAAACUGCACAAUGUCAAACCUAUAUGAUCAGUUAAUUAACGUUACUCUUAGAAUUGAGAAACAUUGUAAAUUUCUGUGUAUGUUUGAAACGGGUCAUCUAUAAUUCUUGUGCGGCAUGCCAUUAAAAUGUAUUCAUGCCAAAAAAUAUUAAUGUUAUAAUUGGAUAAAUUGAACAUGAGUGAGAUGAAAUGAAAUAAUGGAUGAGACAAAAAAUGAUUUGCAACUUUGACAAACCUGAGGCAAACAUGAGGUGAAAGGCUCAAUGUAACCAUAUAUCAGUACAGUUAGACAAUGCUAAAUGUCUGUGA